AUGGUAGCUGGACCGGCAGAGCAACCAAUUACUACCCCGGGUCCACUCGAGCCAGGACCCGACAAGACUCCAAAGUCCGUCCUCGUGAUUGGAGGAGGUGCGGUCGGCUCUCUCACAGCUCUCAAGCUGGGCCAGGCAGGGGUCGAUGUCGACAUCAUCGAGAGGCUUCCCGAGACGAGCAAUGCCCCGCGGGCAUGCGGCUAUUUCGGCGCCGUCCACCUGGUGCUGAAGGAAAUGGGAAUAUACGAGCUGGUCCGAGAGGAAGGGUUCAUGACUCGUGGCCUGUGUUUCCGCAAACCACCCAAGGACGAUGGCCAAGGUCGAGGGGGCAAGGUGUUUGGGGAUAUCGUGGCCAAUCUGCCCUUCUGCGCCCCCGAUGACCAUCUCCUCGAACCGGGCGCCGGCGUGCUGAACCUCCCUCAAGCGCAACUGAAUCAGUUAUUCCUGCGCGAGGCGCUCAAGACGGGCCACGUCCGGAUCCACUUCAACCACGAACUGGCACGCAUAUUGAAGAACGACAACGACGGCGUCACGGUCCUCACGCGCAAUCCCAGUACCGGCGCGGAACGAGAGUUCAGUGCGAAGUUCGCGGUCGCAGCAGACGGCGCCCACUCGGCCGCCCGCAAGGCACUGGGUCUCCCCUACCCAGGCCACACCUGGCCCGAACGGCUUAUCGCCACGAACGUGAGGGUCUGCAACAUCGAGGAGACACCCAUGCACACGCACUUCGUCAUGCACCCCACCCACUUCAGCAUUUCGACUCCUCUGGAAGACCCCGUCAUGGGCAAGAAGACGCUCUGGCGGUGGACGUUGGCGGCCGAUCCGGCGCUGGACACGUGCUCUGACGACGAAUUGUUGACGGACGAGGUCAUCUACGCACACUAUGCACGCUGUAUGCCAGGCCCGAGGCCGUUGGACGUGGACAUUGUGGCGAGGUCGGUGUACAGAACACAUCAGAGGCUGGUUCCGACCAUGAGGAGGGGGAACGUACUCCUCGCCGGAGACGCUGCCCAUUGCAACCAUCCCUUCGGCGCCCUCGGCCUCAACACGGGGAUGCUCGAUGCCGACGCCUGCGCCGACGCCCUGACCAUGAUCCUGCGGGACUCCUUCCCCACUGACUUGACGCUCAACACCUAUUCGGACGCGCGCCGCAAGGUGUUCCAGUUCUUCGUCGACCCGACAUCGACCCAGAACAAGCUGCGUGUGCAUUCUCAUCCCAUCGUCGAGACGGCCGCCGAGGACGACUGGUUCCUCCGCGAUCUCACCCACUUGACCCCCAAGAAGGCCGCGGACAUGGUGACGCCGUAUUUUGACGUGUGGCGCACGGAUAUGAGGAAGGCGGUCCAGGAGGCAAUUGACGAUGGCUGUGCUUGCGGGUGGCACAAUAUUAAAUCCACUUCCUCUGUACUAGUAGGAGACGAGUAG